GACGCGUUCCCACAGCCGGCUCGCUGGCGGGGGGCCCGGCGGGGGCUCGCCCACCUUCUCCGCGGCGGCCACGUGCCCCGAUUGUGAGGCCCCUUCCCCUCGUGGAGGAACACGGACUUACUCGGCUGCGGGCAAUGCCGAUGGUCUGGAUGUGACCGUGGAAAGCGAACGUGUGGCUGGAGGCGGAGGAGAGGAUGAGGGGAAGCAGCCUUUGAAGAAAGGAUAAGCCACCCGCUCCAGCCCCUUGUGCAAACCGGUGCUGUUACUUCUGGGGCCCGCUUGCCUUUAUGCCCCCUCCCCCAAUUCAGGAGCCUCGGCCUGAGGACCAAAAGACAGCCCCCCGCCACCGGGAGACCCCUCUGGGGUGAAGACCUCGUGGAUGUAGCGCCGGGGGCCCGUUCGACACUCUCUUCUGGACAAGCCACCAUGAAUUCGGUAGCUGGGAAUAAAGAGAGGCUCGCGGUUUCCACCAGGGGCAAGAAAUACGGGGUGGAUGACGUCUGCUCGCCCACCAAGCCCGCGGCGCCCUUCUCCCCGGAGAGCUGGUACCGGAAAGCCUACGAGGAGUCGCGCGCGGGCAGCCGGCCCACCCCCGAGGGCGCGGGCUCGGCGCUCGGCUCGUCGGGGACCCCGUCCCCCGGCUCGGGCACUUCGUCGCCCAGCUCCUUCACGGGCUCCCCGGGCCCCGCCUCCCCGGGCAUCGGCACCAGCUCGCCGGGCUCCCUGGGCGGCUCGCCGGGCUUCGGCACCGGCUCCCCCGGCUCGGGCAGCGGCGGCGGCUCCUCCCCCGGCUCGGACCGCGGCGUCUGGUGCGAGAACUGCAACGCCCGCCUGGUGGAGCUGAAGAGGCAGGCGCUGCAGCUGCUGCUCCCCGGGCCCUUCCCCGGCAAGGACCCGGCCUUCUCCGCCGUCAUCCACGACAAGCUGCAGGUCCCCAACACCACCCGGAAGGCCUGGAAUGACAGGGACAACCGCUGUGACGUCUGUGCCACGCACCUGAACCAGCUGAAGCAGGAGGCCGUCCAGAUGGUGCUGACCUUGGAACAGGCCGCGGGCAGCGAGCGCGACGACGGCUCCCCCGGCUCGCCGCCCCCCCUGCCCAGCAUCCCCGCGCUGGUGGGGUCCCGGCACGUGGGGUCCCGGGACUGGGCCUUCGUGCCCGCCUCCUACGCCUCCUCCAACUACGCGGCCUUCGUCAGCAACAAGCACAGCGGCAAACCCAACGGCCUCGGCGUCGGCAAUGGGGCCGAGAAGAAGAGUGUGUCCCCCACCCACCAGGCCAAGGUCAGCCUCCAGAUGGCCACCAGCCCCAGCAACGGGAACAUCCUCAGCUCCGUGGCCAUCCAGGCUCACCAGUACCUGGAUGGCACCUGGUCCCUGUCCAGAGCCAACGGGGUCACCCUGUAUCCCUACCAGAUCUCCCAGCUGAUGACGGAGACAGGCCGGGAGGGCCUGUCCGAAGCGGCGCUGAAUCGCUACAAUGCAGACAAGCCGUCCGCCUCGGGGGCCCCGGCCUCGCAGGGCUCCUGCGUGGCCACCGAGACCUCCACGGGCACCUCCGUGGCCGCCUCCUUCUUCGCAAGAGCUGCCCAGAAGUUGAAUCUGUCUUCUAAGAAGAAGAAGCACCGACCUUCGACGUCCGUGGCCGAGCCCCCGCUCUUCGGCACCAGCUUCAGCGGCAUCCUGCAGACCUCCCCGCCCCCCGCCCCGCCCUGCCUGCUGCGGGCCGUCAGCAAGGUGAAGGACACGCCCGGCCUGGGCAAGGUGAAGGUCAUGCUGCGCAUCUGCUCCACGCUGGCCCGCGACACCGCCGAGUCCAGCUCCUUCUUGAAGGUGGACCCUCGGAAGAAGCAGGUCACCCUGUACGACCCCCUGGCGUGCGGGGGUCAGAGCGCCUUCCAGAAGAGAGGCAGCCAGGUGCCCCCCAAGAUGUUCGCCUUUGACGCGGUUUUCCCACAGGACGCUUCUCAGGCGGAGGUGUGCGCUGGGACCGUGGCGGAGGUGAUCCAGUCCGUGGUCAACGGGGCGGACGGCUGCGUGUUCUGCUUCGGCCACGCCAAGCUGGGCAAGUCCUACACGAUGAUCGGGAGAGACGACUCCACGCAGAGCCUGGGCAUCAUCCCCUGCGCCAUCGCCUGGCUCUUCAAGCUCAUCAACGAGCGCAAGGAGAAGACCGGCGCCCGCUUCUCCGUGCGGGUCUCGGCCGUGGAGGUGUGGGGCCGGGAGGAGAGCCUGCGGGACCUGCUGGCCGAGGUGGCCACGGGCAGCCUGCAGGACGGCCAGUCCCCGGGCGUGUACCUGUGCGAGGACCCCAUCUGCGGCACGCAGCUGCAGAACCAGAGCGAGCUGCGGGCGCCCACGGCCGAGAAGGCCGCCUUCUUCCUGGACGCCGCCCUGGCCGCGCGCCGGGGCCACCGGCAGGACUGCGACGAGGACGACCUGCGCAACUCGCACAUGCUCUUCACGCUGCACAUCUACCAGUACCGCAUGGAGAAGAGCGGCAAGGGCGGCAUGUCCGGGGGCCGCAGCCGCCUGCACCUCAUCGACCUGGGCAGCUGCGUGAAAGCGCUCAGCAAGAACCGGGACGGCGGCGCGGGGCUGUGCCUGUCCCUGUCCGCGCUGGGCAACGUCAUCCUGGCCCUCGUCAACGGCAGCAAGCACGUCCCCUACAAGGACAGCAAGCUCACCAUGCUGCUGCGCGAGUCCCUGGGGAACGUCAACUGCCGCACCACCAUGAUCGCGCACAUCUCGGCCGCCGCCGGCAGCUACGCCGAGACCCUGUCCACCAUCCAGAUCGCCUCCCGGGUCCUGAGGAUGAAGAAGAAGAAAACGAAGUACACGUCAAGCUCGUCGGGGGGAGAGAGCUCCUGUGAGGAAGGCAGGAUGCGCAGGCCCACACAGCUGCGGCCCUUCCAGGCCAGGGCCGCCGUGGACCCCGACUUCCCCGUCCCGCAGCUGUCCAGCGACCCCGACUACUCCUCCAGCAGCGAGCAGUCCUGCGACACGGUCAUCUACAUCGGGCCCAGCGGCACGGCGCUCUCCGACAAGGAGCUCACGGACAACGAGGGCCCCCCCGACUUCGUGCCCAUCGUGCCGGCCCUGCAGAAGCCCAGGGGUGACAGCCGGCCCCCCGAGGCCGGGGCGGCCGCGGCCCGCAAGCCCGAGAGGGACUGCCUCAAGUGCAACACGUUCGCGGAGCUGCAGGAGCGGCUGGACUGCAUCGACGGCCGCGAGGAGCCCGGCGCCUUCCCGUUCCAGGAGCUGCCUGCCCAGGGCGGGGCGGAGCAGGCGGGCAAGGGCCCCCCGCCGGGCCCCGCGGCCGGGGCCGGCCUCUGUGAGUCCGACAAGGAAGACGCGGGGUCGGAGGGCCAGCUGGCCGACAGGGGAGGCGCCGACGCCCCGGCCUCCGGGAUGCCCAGGGGUCACUCGCCUGUCCCGGCCGCCGCCCCCGCCUCGCCCCGGAGCAUCCCCGGUGGCGGCGGCCAGCAGGGCGCCUCCCAGCUCGUGCGCAGCCCCAGCCUGCAGAGCAGCCGAGAAAGCCUGGCCUCCUGCGUGUUCGUGGAGGGCAAGCCCCGGCCCCUGGGCUCCCCGCGGCUGGGCGUCGCCAGCCUGUCCAAGACGGCCGAGUACCGGCCCGCCGGCUCGCCCUCGCAGCGGUGCAAAGUCCACACCCAGAAGGGCGUCCUGCCGGGCCCCGCGCCCCCGCCCGCCCUGAGCACGGACUCGGGCGUGGUGUCCGGCGAGGCCCCGCCGCCCGAGGUGCGCACCCCCCCGGUGGGCAUGAGCCCCCGGGUCCUGAAGAAGUCGCUGUCUGCCGGGAGCCAGGGCCGCCCCCGCAGCCCCUCCGAUGACACGCGCCAGGCGGCGGCCUCCCCGGGCUCCAAGGGGGUCGUGAGCACCACCACGGUGACGGUGCAGCAGCCGCUGGAGCUGAACGGCGAGGACGAGCUGGUGUUCACGCUGGUGGAGGAGCUGACCCUCAGCGGGGCCCUGGGCGGCCGCCCCGCCAGCAUCAUCAGCUUCAACAGCGACUGCUCGGUGCAGGCUCUGGCCUCGGGCUCGCGGCCCGUCAGCAUCAUCGGCAGCGUCAGCGAGGACCUGGAGCGCUGCCCGGGCGCGGCCCCCGCCUCCGAGGUCAGCGUCACGCAGUUCCUGCCCCUCCCGACGCUGGGCCUGGAGGAGAAGGGCCGGGAGGCGGGCAGCCGACGGUCCUCCAUCAGCUCCUGGCUGAGCGAGACCAGUGCGGGCAGCGACGGCGAGCAGUCCUGCCACAGCUUCGUCGCGCAGACCUGCUUCGGGCACGGGGAGGCGCUGGCGGACCCUCCGGCCUCGGAGCUCGUGGGCAGCGUCCAGAAUGCCGCCGUGUGCCGCCGAGAGAAGCCCAGGGCGGGCCCCGAGGGCGUGCUCAUCCUGCCGGAGCUGGGGGAGGACUGUCUCCCCAAAGCCGCCGCCCCCCACGGCUGCAAGGUCUCCGCCCUGGGCAAGGCCAUGGUCACCAUCUCCAACACGGCACACCUGGGCGGCGGCGGCGGGGGGUGCGUCCCCAUGAAGACCAACAUCACGGUCUACCCCUGCAUCGCCCUGAGCCCCCGGCGCGGCCCGGAGCCCGAGGCGGCCGGCGCCUCCGUCCCCAAAGCAGCCCCGGCCCAGGAGAGCAAGGAGGCCGGCGCGAAGAAGGAGAUGACGUUCGAGGACCCGUGGCUGCGACGCGAGGAGGAGGCCCAGAAAGAGACGGCGCGUCCCAGGGAGGACGGAGCGCGGUCCGAGGCGGCCACCGGCCCCGCACAGCCCGAGGCGGGAGCCGAGCGGGACCAGCCCAGGCAGACGAGCCCCCGCCGCAGGCUGAGCGGCGAGGUGGCCGCCUCCCCCGGGACCGACAGCGUCAGGAGGGUCGUGGACGGCUGUGAGACGGCCCAGCCCAGCGGGGCCGCCCAGAGCCCCGUGCACCCCAGCAGGAGCCUCAAGUCCAGCAGCCUGCCCCGGGCGUUCCAGAGAGGCAGCCGGCAGGAGCUCGACGGCCUCUGCUACCGCUGCGCCCCCGAGACCAACGGCGUCGCUCUGGGCGGCCCGGCCUCCCGGGCGGCCCUGGAGAGGAAGGCGGCGUCGCCCAAGCACAGCGUCCUGGCUCGGCCCAAGGGCACCCCGCCGCUGCCCCCCGUCCGCAAGUCCAGCUUGGACCAGAAGAACCGGGCCAGCCCCCAGCACAGCGCCUGCAGCAGCGGCACCAGCAGCCCCUCGAGCGCGCCCACGCCCUUCCCGGCCGGCUUCCCCGACGAGCCGGGCGGCGGCAGGCUGAGCGCCAGCAGCAGCAGCAAGCUCUUCAGCGCCAAGCUCGAGCAGCUGGCCAGCAGGACCAACUCCCUGGGCCGGGCCACCGCCGGCCACUACGAGUGCCUCUCGCUGGAGCGGGCCGAGAGCCUGGCCUCCGUGAGCGCGCGGCUGCAGGCGGGCAAGGACGGCACCGUGCCCCGCGCCGGCCGGAGCCUGGGCCGCGGCGCCGCCGGGGCCUCGCCCGCCAACCCCGGCCCCCCGCCCUCGGCCGGGGCCUCGCCCAAGGCCGGCCAGUCCAAGAUCUCGGCCGUGGGCAAGCUGCUGCUGGCCAGCCCCAAAGCGCGCAGCCUGUCCACGCCGCCCACCAAGACGCUCAGCUUCUCCACCAAGUCCCUGCCGCAGUCCGUGGGCCAGAGCUGCGCCCCGGCCGCGGGCGGGAGGCACAUGUCCUGGUCCACGCAGUCGCUGAGCCGCAGCCGGGGCGCGGGGCUGGCCGCCAAGCUGCCGCUGCGGGCGGUGAACGGGCGCAUCUCGGAGCUGCUCCAGGGCGGCGCGGGGCCCAGGGCCGUGCCGUCGCGGGCCGGGCCCGAGGAGGAGCGCGCCGGGGUCCCCGAGGACAAGCUGGCGGCCGGGCCCCUGCUGCCCUCGCCCUACAGCAAGGUCACGCCGCCCCGGAAGCCGCACCGCUGCAGCAGCGGCCACGGCAGCGACAACAGCAGCGUGCUGAGCGGGGAGCUGCCGCCCGCCAUGGGCAAGACGGCGCUCUUCUACCACAGCGGGGGCAGCAGCGGCUACGAGAGCAUGAUGCGCGACAGCGAGGCCACGGGCAGCGCGUCCUCCGCCCAGGACUCCAUGAGCGAGAACAGCAGCUCCGUGGGCGGGAGGUGCCGGAGCCUCAAGACCCCAAAGAAACGCUCCAAUUCAGGUUCCCAGAGACGGAGGCUCAUCCCCGCGCUGUCCCUGGACACGCCCUCGCCCGCGAGGAAGCCGGCCCCCGGCGCAGGGCUCCGCUGGGUGGACGGGCCCCUGCGCAGCGCCCAGAGGGGCCUCGGGGAGCCUUUCGAGAUUAAAGUCUACGAGAUCGACGACGUGGAGCGGCUGCAGCGGCGGCGGGGGGGCAGCGGCAAGGAGGGCGUGGGCUUCAACGCGAAGCUGAGGACCCUGGAGCGCCGCCAGCAGAGGAUCGCCGAGGUCCGGGCCAAGUACGAGUGGCUGAUGCAGGAGCUGGAGGCGACCAAGCAGCACCUGAUGCUGGACCCGGACCAGUGGCUCAGCGAGUUCGACCUGGAGCAGGUGUGGGAGCUGGAUUCCCUGGAGCACCUGGAGGCGCUCGAGUGCGUGACGGAGCGCCUGGAGAGCCGCGUCAACUUCUGCAAGGCCCACCUCAUGAUGAUCACCUGCUUCGACAUCACCUCCCGGCGCCGGUGAACCAACGCCGCCCCUGACCCCGGCCCAGGGACCCACAGCCAGGCCCACGCUCCAGGCCCCCGGGACCCAUAGCCAGGCCCCAGGCCCACACUCUAGGCUCCUGGGACCCACAGCCAG